AUGCCGGAACCCCCGCCCGCUAACACACCCAGCCCCCCGCCGCGAAACACACCCAGCCCCCGCCCGCGAAAACACCCAGCCCCCGCCCGCAAACAACCCAGCCCCCGGCCUGCGAACACACCCAGCCCCCGCCGCGAACACACCCAGCCCCGCCGCGACAACACACCAGCCCCCCGGCCCGCGAACACACCCAGCCCCCGCCCGCGAAACACCCAGCCCCCGCACGCGAACACACCCAGCCCCCGCCCGCGAACACACCCAGCCCCCGCCCGCGAACACACACAGCCCCCGCCGCGAACACACACAGCCCCCGUCCGCGAACACACCCAGCCCCGCCCGCAAACACACCCAGCCCCCGCCCGCGAACAAACCCAGCCCCGCCGCGAAACCAGACAGCCCCGCCCGCGAAAACACCAGACCCCCGCCCGCGAAACACACCAGCCCCCGCCCGCGAACACACCCAGCCCCAGGCCCGCGAACACACCCAGCCCCCGCCGCGAACACACCCAGCCCCCCGCCGCCCGCGAACACACACAGCCCCCGCCCGCGAACACACACAGCCCCGUCCGCGAACACACCCAGCCCCCGACCAUGGUUGGUUGCUGGGAGAUUUCAUCUGAUCAGAUCCUGUGUUGCAAGGUAGUGCCCAAGGAGCAGUAA